AUGCAAGUGGAAGGGCCUGGGUUGAUUCCUGAAGGCAUCUCCAGGUAUUGCCAGGAGAUGCCCCCUUGCCUGAAACCCAGGCUACAGUCCUCGCUGGCCAUGAACUCUGAAAAUGCCUCUUGCCUUGCCUGGAUGAGAGCUAGAGAGAGGGAUCGGCGUCCAAGUUGGGACUCUGACUUUGUCUGUGGCCCUGCCCCCUGGCUCAGCUCCACCACAGCAGGAUCAAAGCCCAGUCCGGGAGGAAAAAUCGACCAUGGCCACCCAGAGACAGCUGGCCCCAGCCGCUUCUACGACGCCAUCGUGGUGGGAGCAGGGAUCCAGGGCACUCUUGGCUACCACUUGGCGAAGAGGGGGCAGAAGACCCUCUUGCUGGAGCAGUUCCCCCUGCCCCACACUCGAGGGAGCUCCCAUGGACAGAGCCGAAUCAUCCGCAGCGUCUACCCAGGACGUUACACGGCCAUGAUGGGAGAGGCCUAUCGCCUCUCAGAGCUGGAGGAAGAGGCAGGCACCAAACUCCACAGGCAGACGCCAAUGCUGGUUCUGGGGCACAAGGACAACCCUGCUUUUCAAAGGUACUGGCACGCUAUGCAGCGCAACCACAUCCCCAGUGAAGCAUUAACAGCAGAUAGCUUGGCCCAGAGAUUCCCAGGAAUCCACCCACAUGGCAGAGAGAUGGCUGUGUGCGAUCACCACGCCGGUCUUGUUGCUGACAAGGCAGUAAAAGCUGUUCAACGCAAUGGAGGGACCAUCCGUGAUGGGGAGAAGGUCCUCAGGAUCCUCCCUGGGGCCGUGACCACCGUGACCACCAGCCAAGGGGAGUAUCGUGCCAAACACCUCGUAGUGACAGCAGGAGCUUGGGCCAGCCGCCUCCUGGCCCCAUUGGGGCUGCAACUGCCUCUCCAGCCUCUACGUAUCACUGUCUGCUACUGGAGGGCAAGAGCUGGGAGCCCCCCAGGCCUCCUGGAGAAGCUGCCUUGCUUCAUCGGGGUCAACCUGAACGGGGAGAAGCGAGACAUCUAUGGGUUGCCGGCUGGCGUACCGGGUCUUGUCAAGGUCUGCUACCAUUACGGCACCCCCGUGGACCCCGACCCCCCGACCAGCCAGGCUCUUCCUCCUGACCUCCGCAUCCUGCAGGAUUUUGUGAGCAAGUAUCUGCCAGGGCUUGAACCCGAACCAGCCGUUCAGGAGCGCUGCAUGUAUACGAACACCCCAGAUGAGGUUGUGUUAGAUUGCCACCCGCGUUUUAGAAAUAUCGCCAUCGGGGCAGGAUUUUCAGGUCACGGGUUCAAGUUCGCCCCCGUCGUUGGGAAGAUCCUUUGCCAGCUGAGCUUGGGCGAGGAGCCCUCUUACGACCUGGUCCCGUUUCAGAUCAGCCGCUUCUCAUCCCAGCUUAAUGCCCCCUGUAAACCCCCAAAUUGAUAGGGGUGGGAAGAAAUGUAUGCCCCUUCCUCAUCUUCCAACUGAGAAAUUAGAAAACUCAGGAAACCUGGCCGGCUGUGUGUAUGUGAACAACUCCUAAGAAAUAAUUUCUUUUUGAAUGAGUGAAAGCUUGCCGUUUAUUUCCCCCUUUUUCUUUAACGCAAGAGAAAAUCCACGGCAUUAGCAAAUAAUCACAAGGCUGUUGGAAGAGUUCAGUAUUUUCAGUGUAAUAAAGUUUAACUCAUUGGCCAGAUAUGUGGAAAGUACUGAAGCUUUUAACUAUAGAGACAGUUUCUGUCCAAAUAACAUGCUUGCGUUCUGUUGAAAACAAAAUUUGUGGUUUCUAUUUUUGCCUUUCCUUUUUUCACCUACUCCUCGGAUUUAGGUGGGGGGAAUCCCUCACGAAGAUACAUGUUCUUAGACAGCAUUGAAGGAGCAAUUUUCAACUCCUCGUUUUAUUCUCCAGCUCUGGUCUUUAGGGAAGAAAGAUAACUGUGGGGUUGAUGGAUACGGGCACUUCAAGACUAACGCUAUUUUUAGGUGGGAUUCUAUUACGCAGCUGCAAUUCCAGGUAGCGCAGCAAA